AUGAACGGGGUACUUCAAUCCCGUCCGGAACCAAGUAAACUCACUACUCUACCUGAUAUACUCGCGUCUCUUGCUUCGCUAGAAGAAGAGGAGAACCAACUUUCUGAAUCUCUCACUGCCAUCCUAUCUGAUGACGAACCUGUACGGACUUCUCUUGACAACCUGCAAUCUCUCGCUCCUCGUCUAGACGAGAUUACUGUUGAUGCGAGGUUGUUGGUGAAUAAUGUGACUGCUACUUCACGGACUGCGGAACGCGUUGGUGGCCGGGUGAGACUUCUGGAUGAAGAGAUGAAGCGUGUUAAGGAGGCUGGAGAACGAGUUGCUCAGGUUAUGGAACUCAAGAAUUCAUUGGCAGAUCUACAGUUUGCAAUUGACUCUCAGGAUUGGGAAGCAGCUACGAGGCACUGUGCUCGAGCAAUGGCAUUACCUUUAGAAGUGAUCGCCGGACCUUUUGCAGAGUCUGCUGUGCCGACAGCGGACUUGCCGCUUCCACCAGCUCAGACGCUCCAAGCAUUUAGGGAACAGCUACGUGAUAUUUUCUUGCACCAGUUUGUGCAAGCCUCAAAUGCUCGAGAUUCUGCCACUACGACACGAUUUUUCAAGCUGUUGCCUCCGAUAGGCUGGGAGAAGGAAGGUUUAGAAGCUUAUGCUGCUUUCGUCUUGACACUCGUCCAGUCAAAGUCCCCAGCAUCGGCUAAAUCGUCGUCACCUCUGUACUAUGUGACCGCCCUUACAGCACUUUUCGAGAGUGUGUGCAGUAUUCUCGACCAACAUCAGCCUGUCGUAGAGAAAUACUACGGCAAGGGGAAAAUGCAGACUGUCGUCAAGCAUCUCAUUAAAGAAUGUGACAGCGUUGUAAAACGACUCUUGGACAGCUGGGAAGAAGAAAGAAGUCUUGGAAGACUAGUUACUGUUACCAGCUUCUCGUCUGUAAUGAGUACGACCGGGCGAAAGCAAGCCCCAAACGUCAGUGCAAUCGAGGAACAAAGCGUUGAUCCCCGAGAUGUUGAUAAAGUGCUCAAUGAAAUAACCGCAAUGGUGAUGAGAUAUACAGCGUUUCGGCGAUUUUUAUAUACCUAUCUCACAGUUGAGGAUGCUGAACCCUCCAACACCACAAAUGACGAAUCUCCUGAAGGGAUGGACAGUUUUGAAGUUAUCGAGACCUCUGGCUGUAAAGCAAUGUUUGAUAACGUCAUAUCGAAUUACUAUGUCCCAUUGGAAGUUUGGUACCUUCGUUCGACAAUACAUCAGGCCCAUAAGACGUCAAUAGUUGACAGUUCUCAGGUGCCACCUGUAACAACUGUACCGGAUUUGGUCUUCUACAUCUUGAAGUCGAUUCUUAUUCGACUUCUGAGUACCGGAUCUAUCGGAGCUGUCAAGGGAACAACAGGACGAAUUCGUGAAGCCAUGGAAAAUGAUUAUGCAGGUAUAAUCAAACGCAAGUUAGAUGAUGUUUACAAGAACCCUGCAAUGAGCUCUGCGGCGAGCCGAGCGGAAAGACUGGAGAAGGAUAAUAGGCAGGGUUUCAUCGUCCUGUUGAACGAUCUCGAUGUAUCUUCAACUCACAUUGACCGACUGGUUAGAGAACUGUUGUCUUCGCAAGCUUUAUCCCAGAACUUCCUCCAGAGUGAAAGGGAUCUAGUCGAUGCCGAUCUGAACAGUCUUCUCAAUUUAAUCACUAGAUUCCGCUCUACGAUGAAGAGCGGGAUUGACCAAUUGUUCAAUCAAUUGAUUCGCCCGAGGUUACGGACAUUCAUUACGGAUUUGUAUAGAGAUGUCUCAUACGUACUUGACGAGGAUGGCUUCUCCGCUUCGGAAUAUGCAGACACGGUUCGUAAACGAUUUAUUAAAGCAUGGGAGGGUAUUAUGGAUGGAUUCAAGGAAUCUUUCACUGAAUCGAAUUAUCGCAUUUUCAUUGGGCAAGUCAUUGACGUAUUAAUUCGCCCUUGGGAGAAAUAUGUCAUGACUCUGAAGUACACGGAGCUCGGUGCGAUCCGCUUCGAUCAAGACAUCCGUGCUAUCUCGACGUACCUGUCGUCACAAGUGGCUCUUGGAGACGUACGCGAGAAACUCCAACGACUGCAGCAGAUAUCUACGCUGCUGAAUAUCGAUAAGGAUGAAGACGUCGAUGACUUCUUCAGCAGUAGUGGGAUCGCUUGGAAGCUGUCGAUGGCGGAGGCGAGAGCCAUAGCAGCACUAAAAGUCUAA